ACAUGACGAGCGACCCGCCCGUAGUACCGCACCCCGACGCACAACACCCAGACGCCUCAAUCGACGUCGCGCACUCGCUUUCAUACUGGAACAGCGUGACGCCCGACGUCAACGGCAUGCUCGGCGGUUUCCCGCAAACAUCGCGUAUAGACCUGCAAGGCUCCUCGAAUUUCCUGGCUAAACUACGGCGCGGCGGAAAAGCUGCAUCGAAAGACGCGUUGCCGCUACUCGGUCGCGUUGCGGAUUGCGGUGCGGGCAUCGGGCGCAUCACGCGCGGGCUACUACUCGGCGUGAGCGAGCGCGUGGAUAUCGUAGAACCCGUGCAGAAGUUUACGGAUGAGCUGGCGCAGAGCCUGGAGCAAGAUGACGACAAUAAGACGCAAGGCGCGCUCGGCGACAUUAUCAAUCUCGGGCUGCAAGACUGGGUCCCGGAGCCUGCGUCGUACAACCUCAUCUGGAACCAGUGGUGUCUGGGCCAUCUGACCGACGCCCAGCUCGUCGUGUACUUGCAGCGCUGCAAGCAGGGCCUUGUCAAGCCCACAGCGACAACGGAGGGCGAUGCAGCGACGCCCAGAAGCUCCUGGAUCAUCGUCAAAGAGAAUCUCUCCACAGACUCCAAACACAGAGAUAUCUACGACGACGAGGACUCGAGCGUCACUCGCUCUGAUGCGAAAUUCCGCUGGCUGUUCCAGAAAGCAGGGCUCAGGAUUGUCGCCACUGAGCUGCAGAAGGGUAUGCCCAGGGAAUUGUUUCCCGUGCGCAUUUAUGCGCUUGCGCCAGAGUGA